UUGGGGUCGAUUUUGAUGAAUUCGGGGUCGAUUUUGAUGAAUUCGGGGCCGAACUUCCCGAAUUUCGGGGUGAAUUCUCCGAAUUUUGGGUGCAAACCCCGGGAUUUUGGCUCAGACUGGAACACCCUGAUCGUGGGGAAACUCUCGCCCUGGAUCCGCCCGGAUUCGCCGCUGGAACACGUCCGGAAAAACUCCCAAAAAGCCCUGCGUCAGGAGCUGGAUUUCGGCGCUUACCUGGGCCUGGCCGCUCACCUGGUGCCGCUGCGGGGGGGGCACAACCCCAACCUGGCCCGGGGGCUGAGCGCCCACCUGCACAGCGGCCACCACGCCACACAGGU